GAACUUUCAACUUAUGAACCAGAAGUCAGAACUCACAACUCAGAUGAUUGCGCUGUUUUUAAUUUUUAUAAAUAAUUAAAUAUUAAUCUUGCGAAUAGAAAUUCCAAAUAAAAAUGAGUCGCAAAGAAGCUCUUUCUUCUUUUAUUCAACAAAUACAUGGGCGUCCCGUUGUUGUGAAAUUAAACAGCGGUGUCGACUAUAGAGGAGUUCUUGCCUGUCUGGACGGUUACAUGAAUAUUGCUUUGGAACAAACAGAGGAAUAUGUGAAUGGACAGCUCAAAAACAAAUAUGGUGAUGCAUUUAUAAGGGGAAAUAAUGUGCUGUAUAUUAGCACAUCAAAAAGAAGAAUGUAAUUAGUUUUAAGUAUCAUUAAACAAGUCACAUAAGUAA